CAUUUUUCAUGUUUCAACUCAUUUUUAUUGCAAUCAUGUUUUAAUUUAAUUGAUUUAUAGUGACUGUAUAAUGCAUGCAUCAUACAAUGCAUCAUACUUUCUAAAUUCAUAAUUUAUGUAUAAUUGAGUUGUGAGACAACACAACUACGGUAUAUGAUGCUAUUCCUUAAUUUGAUUAAAGUGUGAUCUUAUAAGCGUGAAUUCGAUUAUGUUAAUGUCAAAUUGAUGUUAUGUUGGUACCAGAGCCGACCUUAACUACUGCGGGGCAAUAUACAAAAUGGAUAUCUGCGGGAGAAGUGUCCUAAGGCUAGCCCUAGAUCAUACUUGCUACCUUAGUGGUUUUGGGUCUUUUUGAUGAUGAUUUUUUAGUGAUGUGCCAAAAAACACUGUGCUUAUAUUUUUUUUUCAUAUUUUAUAUUCAGUUGUAUACAUUUGUUACUUUGAUUGAAAUAAACGUCGAUUUGAUUGCCAUGUCUCGUAAUGAAUUUAGGAUUAAGCCAGGCAACAACACAGAAUCAGAAUGGGAUAGUAUUGGUGGUUAUAUGGUUGCAAAAUAUCGUAAACUGGAGCAACAAUUUGAUGAUAAUGCGAUUGCAGGGCGUCAAUUGUCAUCAAUUUUUCGUGGUGUUUCAAUUUAUGUCACUGGUUGGACGACACCAAGUGUUGAUGAACUGAAAGUAAUCAUGUCAAAACAUGGAGGAAAAUUUCAUGUGUACUAUUCGAGGUAUAAAACUACACAUGUUAUUGCAUCUAAUCUACCUCAUGCAAAAAGGAAAGAAUUAAAACCGAAUCAAAAAGUUGUCAAGCCACAAUGGAUCACAGAUUGUUUAGCAGCUAAGGAACUUCUACCUAUUGAAAAAUAUCUAGUUGUUCCAUUAGACAAUGGAUUACAGAAUAGAAUUACCAGCAUUUUGGAAAAAAUACCAUCAAAUGAAUCAGUAUCCGAAACACAAUCUAACGAAACUUUGAUCGAUGGCACUGGGCAGAGAACAAAGAUUGGAGAGUCUUCCAAUGAUGAAAAUAAAGCACCGAUAACACCAAAGUCUGGAGGUCGAACCAUCUGCCCAACAACAGAUUCCAAUUUUUUAUCCGAGUUUUAUUCUCAUUCUCGACUUCAUUUUUUGUCAACAUGGAAAAUGGAGCUUACUGAAUAUGUGAGGUCUCUUCAGACUAAAGAAUCACUGAAAGAAUUGCCACUGUCUGGUUAUGAAAAACUGCUGGAGUGGCUAAAAUUGAGGGAGCAAUUGUGCAAAUUUGACCGUGUAGUGAUGCAUAUAGAUAUGGAUUGUUUCUUUGUGUCUGUUGGUCUCAUCUCUCGUCCUGAAUUACGUGGAUUGCCUGUUGCAGUUACCCACUCAACUGGUGCUGGAAUCACUAGUGAGCGACCAGAUACGAAUUCUGAGUAUGAAAAGAAAUAUUAUGAAAAGAAAUUUGGACAAUCUAACAGUGAUGAAUCUUCAGAUCGAACAAAAGUACCUCCAUCAUCAUUUGGCCCUGGUUACUCCUCCUCAGAAAUUGCAAGUUGUAGUUAUGAAGCACGCAAUGCUGGUGUGAAAAAUGGAAUGUUCAUGGGUAAAGCUAAACAACUCUGUCCAGAAUUAAGAGUGAUUCCAUAUGAUUUUGAGUCAUAUCGGCGUACAUCAGAUCAACUGUAUAGCACACUUGCCACGUACACUCGGCAUAUAGAAGCUGUUAGUUGUGAUGAAGCUCUUGUUGAUAUUACAAAAAUUGUCAGAGAAACUGGACUGACACCAUUGAAAGUUGCAUCUUUCAUUAGAAGCGAUGUGAAAGAAGCAACAAAAUGUAACGCUUCUACAGGAGUGGGACCAAAUAUCGCAUUAGCUAGGAUGGCCACUCGACGAGCAAAACCGGAUGGGCAGUUUGUCGUCACCCAAUAUGAAGCAAAAGAAUUUAUGAAAAAUUUGCCUGUGAAAGAUUUACCUGGUGUAGGAAGAUCUACAGCUUCAAGACUUCAGGACAUGGGUCUAUCAACCUGUGGUGAUUUACAGAAUCAUCCAAUAAGUGAUUUUCAAAAAGAAUUUGGUGGCAAAACCGGACAAAAACUGCAUGAUAUGAGUUGUGGAAUCGACAAGAAAGAAGUUCAAAUUGAAAAGGAGAGGAAGUCUGUAUCAGCUGAAGUCAAUUAUGGAAUUAGACUUUCCGGGAAUGAAGAAGCGAAAACAUUUCUUCAUAAUUUAUCACAAGAGGUGACAAAUAGAUUGAAAUCUGCUGGAAUGAGGGGACGUAGAAUCACUCUCAAACUGAUGGUACGGCGUUCUGAUGCACCACAGGAAUCUGUGAAAUUUGGUGGUCAUGGUGUUUGCGAUUCAUGGUCUAGAAGUUCUCCUAUACUCUUGAGGCAUGUCAGAGCAGGUGACCCAUAUGAAGAAGAUUGUGCGGCAAUCAAUGAAGCAGCAUGGUUAAUACUGAGUUCAUUGCAGCUGAAUGUUUCCGAUCUGCGAGGCAUUGGUAUUCAAAUAACACAAUUACAAUCUGCUGAUUCUGCAAAUUUAUCAACUUCAGAAUCAACAUCAGCUGCAUUUUUGAAAAAGUUUAUUAAGAGGAAGUCCGAUAUUAAAAUGGUUGAGUCUGAUAAUAUAGAUAACAAAGAUAAGCCUUCGACAUCAGGUGAUUUUCUUCAGCAAAACCAACCACCUAUUUCAGAACCUAGUGCUCUUGAUUCGAAUGAGGAAAUGAAGUUGAACUCUAGUUUCCUUGAAGCUCUACCCCCCGACCUCAGGAAGGAAGUAGAAAAUAAUUUUGCGCAACAGCGUCAAGCUUUAGAAAGAAAUUUUUUAAUUAAUGAAAAUUCGAAUGAUAGCAAUGCGUCAGUAGAGCCUGUUGUCUCUGAAAUGCCUGUUACUGGAGCACCAGCACCCAAUGUUUUAUUCUGUGGGGGUGGAAAGUUAGGCGGUGGAAAAAAGCAACCCCAAAAACACAGGAUAGUGAAGGGGCGAAAAGGAGUGAAAACUAAAGUUACAAAGACAAGUACUUCAAAACCAUCUGCACAGAAAGUACGUAAUUCAGACACCAGUCCCAACAAAUUAAUUACAGAUAUGUUUCCUGUUACAUACAGUCCAAAUAAGAGUAAUCUCAUGAAAAAGUCUCCUAAAACUUCCGCAAUGCACAACAUAAUGGGGAAAAAUACCCCUGCAGCUGCCAAAGUGAAAAGGAGACUCGUGACAAUUCAAGAAGAACAGAAAUAUAUCGAGAUUCCUGACUCUGAUGAGGACGACAUUGCAGAAACAAAAGAAGAACUCCAACCUAUCGAUGUGUUGCCUGAGGAAACUGAAAAUCAUUUACCAGUUUUAGGUGGUGCUUUCGAAAUACAAGAGAUUCGUCAAGUUUUAACAGAAUGGAUUCGUUCAUAUGGAGAAACAGGACCAUUAGACUGUGAUGUUAAUGAUUUCAUAAGUUUCCUCGUCAGAACUGCCACUGAUACCAGAGACUUGGAGAAAGUUCAAUUGACUCUUCAAAGUUUUCAUAGAAGACUGACUGUGAUUAUGAAAACAUUUUCGAAUGAUGCCGCCGCCGAACCAAGACUGGAAUGGAUGAAAGCAUACAAAAAAGCAUGCGAUGAAGUUCAAUAUGAAAUUAGAAAAUCAUAUAGAGGGGGAGAAUUGAGAUUGCCUACACUGUGCUGAAUGAUGUAUUAUUUAUAUUUAUAAAUUGGUGCAAUUUUUUUAUUAUAAAUGAGAAAAUAAUCUCUGAUAGUGUUUGUAUGUGUGUACUGCAUCACUUCUUUUUUAGCUUAGCUCAGAACAAUAUACCUGAAUGAUCUUUUAACAGUAAAUACAAUUGAUGUUGGUCAAUCAGGUUGGAG